GCGGCACCAUGAAGCUCGCGCUCCUCUCCAGCGUCCCUCUGCGGACUCUGCUGUUCUUCGGCGCCAUCCUCGGGAUCACCAGAGCGAUAGAGCUUGAUGACAUCAGGAAUAUCACUGUGACUGAUGUCACAACAUCCUCUAUUUCUCUGACGUGGAUUGAACCAAAGGGAAACAGCUCUUUCUACAGAGUACAGUGGACUGAUGGAAAUGUAUCUCGCAGUAACAAUGUGACUACAACAAAUAUAACCAUUACUAACCUGACUGCUGGUGCACAGUAUGAAAUAACCGUCACUGCAGUGACAAAUGAAGGCAGAACUGAGGGACUGAACACCAGUGUUUCUCAAUACACAAAACCUGGUGAAAUUGGGACACCUACUGUGUCCACAAACACCUCCUCCAUCUCUCUGCAGUGGACCUCACCUCCGGGUGAGGUGUUCAAGUACAGGUUGGAGUGGACCAGUAAUGGAGAUAUGAGGAAUGUGUGUACACAUGACAACUUUGCCGUGCUAUCAGAACUAAUCCCAGGCACUAGCUACACAAUCUCAGUCAUCGCCGUCGCCGGAGACAAUCAGACAGAAGGACAAGCUCACCGACUCACCGCAGUCACAAAGCCUGAAGUAGUCAGGAAUAUCACUGUGACUGAUAUCACAACAUCCUCCAUAUCUCUGACGUGGAUUGAACCAAAGGGAAACAGCUCUUUCUACAGAGUACAGUGGACUGAUGGAAAUGUAUCUCGCAGUAACAAUGUGACUACAACAAAUAUAACCAUUACUAACCUGACUGCUGGUGCACAGUAUGAAAUAACCGUUACUGCAGUGACAAAUGAAGGCAGAACUGAGGGACUGAACACCAGUGUUUCUCAAUACACAAGUAAGUAAGCAUGUAAAUGUGUUUGAUAAAGUCAGGUCAUUAGAAUCUGCUGAAGGCACCUGUUGGAGAAGACGGUCUGCAGUGAUCACUGGCAGGAUGAAGCUCUGAGGUUUGUAGAGUGAAGUCUAGUUGUAGAAUGACGAUUCCUCUCAAAGGAAAAGUCCUUGAAUGCCGGCUUGUGUGUCACGGUGAUGCUUUUGUCCUACUGGACCAUGGUGAGGACAAGAGAACUCACCUGUCACUCAAAGGUCUGGAUUGUGUAUGGUACGUUUCACUUUUCCCUCUCAGGUUUGGAAGAUUCUCUGUCGGGACGAGACUGAGGUCAUAGAAGCAGCAGUUGAACGUUGUUUCUUCACAAGUGGCUCGCAUCAUUUACAGGGCGGGAGGCUCAUAGAUCCAGAGAAUUCUUCAUGUCAAACAUCUGUUACUCGGUUUCUAUCAGAAGUCAGAUGAGGCGUUUUGUUGGCUGGUUGAAGAUGACGAUGCUAAUGUCGCUGUUUUGAAGUGUAACAGCACAGCAAUGCUAGAUGGACCUCCAGCUACCUGGAAGCAGAUUGAUCAUGUUUCUGUGAACAUGGGUCUGAUUGCACUGUUACUGUUGUGACUAUCGCUCAAAGACAAGUGUAGAUGAGAAUAUUAUUGGUAAAACUCUAGGUGGAGCCAUAACUUCCUCUAAAUCUGUAAUGUUUCUAAAGCAGAAGAAUGCCCCUCUUUCUAUAGAGUUGUCACGAGGCAUGGCGCUGGUACAGGCCGACAGGGUUUUAAGGACUCAGGCGCAGGGUUCUUACAAAUAGUGUUCUUUAUUGGUACUCACAAACAGAAGCGUGCUCCAACGUAAUCUGACAGGGAACCACAGGCACACAGGGCUUAAAUACACAAGGAAGGUGCAGGUGAUGGGAAACAGGUGGGAACACUCAGCCAAUCACGGGACAAGGCAGGAAGUGAAGUUAACCCAGGACCACAAGGAACAUGAUCGGGCACCAAGGGGCCGGGACGGGCGGAGACAGGCGUCUUGGGGUCGGUUCGGACGGAGACAGGCGUCUUGGGGCCGGUUCGGGCGGAGACAGGCGUCGUGAGGCCGGUUCGGGCGGAGACGGGCGUUGAGCGGCCGGUUUGGGCGGAGACAGGUGUCUUCGGGGUGGUUCGAGCGGAGACAGGCGUCUUUGAGCCGAGGCG